GACUCACAGGACUCAGUCUUUUCUCCUCUCAGGACUGCUGUUUACUAGGCUGGGUUCUGGAAAGGGGCCAGAUUGCAUCAGACAGCGCCUGAGGGGCUGGAGCCAGGCUGCAGGCUGAGGAAGAGACGUGGCCUUAUAAAUUGGAUCCAGUGAACGGGGAGGUGUCAGGAGAUCAGACACAAACAAAGCUUUAGAAGGUGAAAGAGGGUGAGAGAGAGAGAGAGAGAGAGAGUAAAGGAGAACUGAUGGCCGCCAUCCCCACAGCAGUCAACCCAAACCGGCAGCCCCCAGGCCCCAAGGACGAAGACCCCAAUCUGGAUGAGUACGACCUUUACAGCCUGGCUUAUUCUCACCUGGGAGCGGGAGCCCGGAAAGGUCGCACCAAAAGAGAAGCUGCUGCCAACACCAACCGCCCCAGCCCUGGUGGGCACGAGAGGAAGCUGGUGACCAAGCUCCAGAAUACAGAGCAGAAUAAGCGGGAGGCACGGCCCUGAGACAGAGCUGGAGAUGAGGCCAGAGCACGGACCCCACACAGCAACAGAGGCAGGACCACAGAGGAACAAGCACCUCGGGGCAGAACCCAGGCCUGCGUGCCCCCAGCCCCAUCCCCAGGACUUACCCCACAGAGGCUCUGAGGGGAAGUGCCCCCCCAGCACCAGAAAAAGGGGAAGAUAGGGAGCAAGAGGCAGGGAGUGGAGAGGUAGAGUCACGAAGACACCCCGCAAAGACACUGAAGAACCCAGAGCUCCCUGGGGUGGCGGCAACAAUAAACAAAGCACAGAGCUGUA